ACAAAACUUCUUUCUUGGGGGAGGGGUGCUGCGAGGGAAGCUUGGCGGAGGGCGAAGAAGCGUAACAGCACAGACGGGAGAGAGCGCGAGAGACAAAGAAGACUCGCACACAACGGAACAGUUUGGAUACUUGUUGCACCUUUCUUCUUUUUUUUUAAACGACAGGAUGGACAUUCAUGCACUUGCGCGCGAAUGGCCCGUGAACACACCACCGACGUAAGGUUUGGAAGGGGAGAAUUAUUGCGGGAGCGUGUGUACUCAUGUACUCUGCCGAUGCACCCACGCAGUGGUGACUUCAUGACGUGUUUUCGGUGACUCUGCAAGGUAUUUUUGUCCACUUUAUAGCCUGGGAGGUUUGAUAAUGUGCUACAGGAGGAAGGGUUCAAGUUAACCCACAAGCAUGAGAUGUUGGUGCAACGCCCUGGCACUGCUCCAGUGGGUGCUGGUGGCCUUGGAUGCACAGAUCAUCUGCUGGCAGGCCAUCCUGCGCUGCCACGCCGAGCCUGAGUGUGACCUAGCUUACGGCCAGUACUUGGCUGCCUGCGAGGGGAACCUGCGGGGCACGAGGCGCCAGUGUCCCAGCCACUGCAUCAACGCGCUGAUCCGCCUCAACCACACCCGCAGCGGGCCGGACCUGGAGAGAUGCGAGUGCGCCCAGGACAGCGAAUGCCUGGGGGCCAAGCACGCCAUCGAGCCGUGUCUACCGCGCCCGUACCCGGACGACGGAGGCGGGGGGAUCGGCUGCAUGGAGGCCCGCCAACGUUGUGAGGAGGACAGCCACUGCCACGCCUCCCUGACCGCCUAUCUGUCCUACUGCGGACAGCUGUUCAAUGGACGCAAGUGCUCGGCCAAGUGCAAGGCCACUAUCCAGCAGAUGCUCUACAUCCCUGAUGGGGCGCUGCUCAACCGCUGCGUUUGCGACGGUGUGGAGAGGCCCUUCUGCGAAGUGGUCAAGGAGAACAUGAGCAAGCUCUGUUCCAUGGGGGACCACCACGGCGUCAUCUCAGACCAGCCGGAAGUGGAGGACGCCUACGAGGAUGAGGACUAUGACGCUAGACAGGAGAGGGACGACGUCUACAGCGACCGUUCUGCGGCUUCCCGGAAGUUGUCCACAUUCGGGACGCUUCUGUUUCUCCCUCUGGGAUAUGUUUGGUUAUAAAACAGUUGGAUUUAUUCCAAGAUGCAUCAGGAGAGACAUCAGCUCCUGGACCUGCUGAGGGGGGCCUUGAAGCCAAGUCAGCUGGAUGAGGGGAUGCUGGUUUUCGCCCUUGGGCCUUGCUGUCAACAGUUUGGAUUAUUCGAGAUUGUCCUUAAAACUGAGGUUGUCUUACCCCUGGCCUUUGCUGUCUAAACUACAGUAUUGGAAAUUCCUUAAAACCAAGGUUGACUGGAAGGCAAAUGGUUUUCUUUUUCAUGAUCGAGGAUGUGUGACAUCUCUAUUGGCGGGUCCAACCGUCCUCUGCACCAGGAUAUGGUGUAGAAACCUAGAAAGCUUCAAGAACUGCCAGAGGACCUCUCGCUUGUUGAGGACUUUGACUUCUUUACAGUACGGUGACAUCUCAGUUGAAAGGGCUAGUAACUGAAAAAACCUUCAAGAAGUGUAUUCUACAACAGCAUAUGGUAUAAGAACAGGACUUUAGUGCCUUUGCAGUCUGGCGAUGUCUUGAAAGGACCUUCCUCUCAAGCAGUAUGCCGCAGAAACCUUAAAGAAAAACUUAAGUUUGUUGACUUCUGCAUUGGAAGGAACAAGCCUCUUCGACACCAGCAUAUGGCACAGAAACACGGAAACCUUCAAGACCCACCGCUUUGUACUUCUUCAUGGUUUCAGAAUUUGACUUAUUUGCAUUUGGGGGGUGGCGGCUGUGGGGCGGGGGUUCCAAACUUUCCUUACAACAAUAUGCUGCAGAAAUCUUCAAAGACCCUUACUUUGUACUACUCAAUGGUCCAGGAUGUUUGACUUCUACAUUAGAAAGACUUCUUCUACACCAGAAUGUACUGGAGAAUCCUUCAUGAAACACCACUUUUGACUUUAGGUCCCUGGUAGAGGAAAUUUGACUUCUUCUCAGUCUGGUGGUGUCUCCAUUAGGGGCCCAAACAUUCCCUACAGCAGACUAUCCCGUAGAAAUCUACACACAUUGAAGAACUGCAAAGCUGACUUCAAACAUUUGCAUCUCAAGGACAGCAGACAUACUUUUGAGAAUAAAACUAUUCAAAUUUUGAUUGGAUUCUGGUUUAGGACUACAUCUAGACUAUGUGUCCAGCGUCUUCUCACAAGAGACUCAUAUUUCUUGUAUUGUAUUAGGGCUGGACACUUACCAGACUGGGACAACCUAAGAACUCCUCAACCAACUCCCCAUCAUAUGGACGUGGAUUAAUGGAUCAGCGCCAUCCAAUCGCCUUUUUCCAACCAAUGAAGAUCACCGUGACCGGUAUGGAUUACAAUGAACUUUGUGGAUUGAUUAUGACCUUGAAGACUUGCAGAGCCAUCACCUGGAACUCCUUGCCAUGGGAAAUCUGUCGGCUGACCUUCCUUACUCCUUUUUCCAGGCUAAAAUAAGUCGCCGGGCAUCGUGUACUGGCGUGCGGCUCCUGUUUGUUUGGUCUUGGUGUCAAUGCUACUUGGAGUGUAGCUUUAUUAAGACCUUAAACAAACACUCGGGCUCUUCUAGUCCUGGUCUGUUUACUCUCCUACUUUUGUCGCGGUAACCACACUUCAAAUAUUUGCUGGGGACAGGAUCAAGUACUUUAAUGAACUGAAGCACCACACUCCCCACAACUUUUGUGCAGGAACUCCCCGGCCCCUUCCUCCCCUGCUCACCCCACCUUCACAUUGUUUUAUAGCGCUUUUCCUCUCAGAACACCCCCCCCCCCAACCUUUCCUCCCUCUGACUUCACGCCUUUAAAUGAAACCCCAUUUUCUAACUGCUAACUCUCGUAUGUUUGCACUAUGCAGGUUUGUUUCUUUACCUUUGUUGCCUCUGGCCUGAGCAUUAGGUUAACCUGCACAGAAACAACACAGUAGAUGUAUCUGAAUGCCGUACAAAAGUUAUAUCCAUAAAGAUAAUGUCAAAUCGUCGUAGAGAACCAUAAGGUAACCCAAAAGGUAUUCUCCCAUUGUUCUAAGAUAUUAUGUAUGGAUGUGAACCUUGCAAGUUGUUCAAACAUUGAAUUUAUGAGCAGGGGAAAUGCCAUAACAUUGAAAAAAAUGCCAUAAUGUUGAAAAAAAUGCCAUUUUUGGCCCAUGUGUAUAUCACAAAAUGUGAUGGGGAAAAUCAGCCACAUUUCUGUAUCAUAUGCUAACUUUACAGCUCAUAAUGAAAUAGGUUCCUUAGAUGUGUGACUUUUUAAUACAUUAUUCACAUCCUGGAAGAUGUGUGCUCUAUGAACAUAUCUGUUGGAUUAUACAAGUCUCAAUGUUGGACACUUGAAUUUUGAAUGCUUCAAGUAGACUUUUGAUAACAGUAUUUACUGUGAGUCCUAUAGGAUUCUACUGUACACGCCACAGCCAUCUGAUACAACACCGUUUAGAGUUUGUUAACAUGCAACAUGCUGAAAAAUGGUCAGAUUGUAGGUAAAAAUAGUCAUGCAUCCACUUGAAAUUGUGCCACCAUGAAUUUUAUGUUUCUUGAAAAGGACUUUUGAUAAAUGUUAAAUUAUGAAACCAGAAUAUGAAGAAUAAUAUACAUAUUUGACAGUAUUGUUCAAUUAUAUGACGUGAACUAAAGAAGUGUAGCUCGGAAGCCAUGAUUGAUAUUGUCCCAACUGUGGAAUGGUGUUUUUCGAAUAAAAUGUUUCAAAAGUGAGGUAAAACGUCCUUUCUAAUGUAUUUCCACAUCAAGCACGGUCUGACAUUUAAGGCAUUAUUAGGUCAGGAUAAGUGAAACCUAUAGUGAGAAACGUUAAGCAUUUUCUAAAGGAAGUCUUGAUACAUUUUAAGCUUGUGUUAUUUAUUCAAAGCUGUUGACUCAAAGAGGUCUAAUAAACUCGCCACUUACCAACAUGCAAACAUUUCCAGUCU